UGGCUUCACUUUUAUGCAAAAGAUUAUUGUCAACAGUGUGCAAAGUGGUCUCUGAGAAUGGCCUUUCUCAACAACCUUUUUACCAAAGUGUGUGAACUGUGUAGCUGAUAUCUUGAUUUGUGAGCCUCUCCUACAUCCUGAAAGAAGAUGGCUGCUGAGAAAAAGAAAUUUAAAAUUCCCUCUUCAGUGGAAAUGGACCAAUCCUCAACUGUACUAAAACCUCAAGAUACCCUUGCUGCUUUUAAGAGACAAAAAAUUGAAGAUGAAUCCCGCAAAACUGCAGACAAGAAGAAAACAGCACCAGAUCCUAAUCAAAUUAAGAUUGGUUCCUUUCUCACUUCAUCUAAGCCUUCAGCAACAACAUCUAACACAACAACCAGUGAACCAAGUCGGCAAGGUUCUGCAGUCACUGUAAAAAAAGAUGCAUCAUCAUCAGCAGCAGUAUCUGAAAUGGUAAAUAAAGGGGUAAUAUCUACAAAGCCAACUGAUAUAAUGGUGGCUCCUAUAACAGUGGGUAAAGGAAGUACAAGUAAUGCCCUCAUCGUUAAUCCCCGGCAGAGAGGUAACCCCAUUCUCAAGUCAGUACGCAAUGUAGCCUGGGAAUUUGGAGACAUUGUGCCAGACUACGUGAUGGGAUUAAGUACCUGUGCUCUGUAUCUGAGUUUAAGAUACCACCAACUGAAUCCCAAUUACAUCCACGACAGACUGAAGCAGUUAGGUCGAGCCUACGACCUGCGCAUCAUGCUGGUGCAAGUCGAUAUCAAAGAACCUCACCAUUAUCUAAAGGAACUCGCCAAGAUCUGCAUUCUAGCAGACUGUACACUGAUGUUGGCAUUCACAACUGAAGAAGCUGGUCGAUAUCUUGAGACCUACAAAGUUUAUGAAUUUAAACCACCUGAUGCCAUCAUGGAAAAAACUGAUCACGACUUUGUGUCCAAGUUCACUGAUUGUUUGACAAGUGUGAAGUCUGUAAACAAAACAGAUGCAGUGACGUUGAUGUCAACAUUCAAAACACUGGAAGGUGUCAUGGAGGCUUCCAAAGAAGAUCUGUCUCUCUGUCCAGGGUUUGGACCUCAGAAAGCAAAACGUUUGUACGACGUAUUCCAGGAACCUUUUGUGAAGGCUAAAAAACAAAAUCCGGAAAACCGGUGAUGAUGAAGAAGAUAUCUUGAAUAUUCAAUCCUUGAAAUAUUGGUUUAUUUAUUUUCUGAAGCCAAAAAAAAGUGUUGUUAAACUAAAAGGAAAGGAAUAUUGUGUAUUGUUUCUAGCCACAUGACUUUCAUUGCUACUUUACCAUCACAAAGUAGCAAUCAACAAACAGCUGUGCUCUUAUAUUACGAGGCCCUGCUUAGCAGGCCAAAACUAGUCAACACAAGUACAAAUACAGUCAUGGAAACCUGGAUCCAGGAGUUGCUUCUCACCUUUUGUAAUUAUUUAAAUGUAAAUGAACUGAACUUUAUUAUACAUAAUACAUAUACUUCAAUUAUAUAUGUUCAUUGAAAUAUAGUCAUUUUUUUCACAAGAAUUAUCAAAGCUAUCAUGAACAGUAGACCUUUAAAAUAUAGAGUAUCUUUUUGAAUCCACACAAAUGGCUUUGUCUCUAAAUUUAAGGGGGGAAACUUGAUAUUUUGGCUUUCAAAAUUGCUAACUGCCAAGAGUCAACUGGAAGCACUGAAUAAUGUUUUGUCGAAGCUGUUAUUGUCUGUACUUUUGAGGAUCAAUUAUUUCAUUUUUUAAGUACAAUAUGUGGUUGUUAGUAUACAGAAGUCAGUUAUUGCCUUUUUCAAUCAAAACACAAGAAUUUGCCUAACUCUGAUAUUUAAAUGUAUAAAUUUUGUGUUAAACAGAAUUUUCAAUAAAAGUAAUUAUUUUCAUUCACAAUUCUAUCAGAUUGAGUUCAGAAAAAAUGUGGCGUUAUGCCAACAAAUUCUAUUUCAUUUGACUGUAAAACUAAUAAGUUCAACCCCUACUUUAGAUAAGAUAUUGUUUGUUAUUGAGGAUAAAAACUGUGAGAUGUUAGUUGCACUGUUCAUUUGUCAUGUAUUAUUGAUCAUGAUAUAACAACAUGUACAUGUAUGAACUUAUUUUUGCUGUAUCAUGUUUAUCGUAUUUAUUCUGCAAUAAGCCCAGGGGGCCAACAUUUAAUCUCUGACUGAAAGUAGGGGGUGGGUUUAUAAUAGGACAACACAUAAUCUCUGACUGAAAGUAGGGGGUGGGCUUAUUACAAGAUAAUGAAAAAUCUUUUGCUGGCAUUUCUUCCUAACAGCAAUAUAUAUUGGUGGGCUUAUAACCAUAUAAUAUACAUUAAUGGUACACGCAUUUGUAACUUUGUUUAGUGUCUGAUUUGCACCUUUUUGAUGCCUUAGAAAUAAUUGCUUUACUCUUAUUUUUAUAUUUAAUACACUAUUCAAAUAAGAAUAUUUACCUAUAAAAUUCACUGAAAACUUUCAUUUAAAAGCUGAUCUAUUUGAUGGAAAUGUUCUGGCCAAAUUUGAAUAAUACAUCAAACAUGUACAUUUUGCCCUUUGAGUAGAACAUCUAGAUCUGCACCAUUCCAGAUUUUGUGUUGGUUGUAUUAAACUGUUUGAAGUAAAUUG